AUGGAUCUUGCCAGAGUCAAAAACGGCGAAGAAGCUAACCCCGAACCACCCGUUAGUCAGUCCAAGCAAGUUUAUGUCGAAGAUGAUGACUUCACAAAGCUGGUGCGCAGUAACGGAGGCAAGGGAAAAGGCAAAGAGCCAGCCACAGUGGGCUGGAACGCAGUUAUUUCACCAAUCUUCGCUGAACUCUCUCAAUAUCAUGUAGACAGAUUUACAAGGAGAAUAGCGUUUCGUUCUGAGGAUGAACGUGACCAAAUUCGCAAACACCUCAAGGAUUCCGAGGAAGAGGGCGAGGAGUUCGUUGGUGCGAUUAUGACCACAUAUCAAAAGAAAGCCCAGAAAGACGGAAAUAACCUCUCCAACGAAGUCAUUGAAGACGGCAAAACUCAUUGCCUUGGCGAAACGAGUCAAUUUUUGACACAAUGUACGAUUGACCAAAACAAAGUGGCACGCACAUUAGAAGAGGAUCCGACUAAUGCUCGUGGUCGACAGAACAGGGAAGAGGUCAAUAGAGUCUUGAAAGCCAAACAAGGAGGCGCGUCCCACUACGAGCUUCUGGGUCUCCCAACGACGGCCAACAACCUCUUCUCUCUAGCGGCAACAUCCCAGGCGAUCAUGGAUGGGUGUAAUAAACACCCCGGUAAACUACUCCGUCUCAGGAAGGUCUGGUGCAGGUACCCGUAUGCUAAAAGAUUCUCAAAACGGAGGCUCCUAGGCAUUGCUGAAGUCUUUAAUAGCGAGGUUGAAGGGGCACAGUUGAUUGGUAUCCUCAGCAAUAAGACAGCAUCACAGUCGACAUAUGGAGAAAAACCGCGCCUUCAUAGGUGGAUAAAAGUUAAUCCAAGCAUGUCAUGCAAGGACCCGAAGGCCACAAUCGGCCAUCGGGAAUUGUGGGUAUAUUCGAUGCCGAGUCGGCCUCCGCUCCCGCCGAAUUGGGAGUCCAACCAGGAGCCGUCCAACAAGCAAGAUGGAUUUAUCUGCAGCCACUAG